GAAAUUGUACAAAAUGUCUUGGUAUGCUGACGCCUUAAGAGUUCCCUUAACUGGAACCAAUCGGCAAAGCCCAACCCCUGAACAACAACCCCACUCCCUAAUCCCCCCUCCAAACUUUACAAGUGGCAAAAUGCAGUCAGGCAAUUGCUGUUCCCAGUUACUUCCACUUUGUUAUAAUACCACUAACACUUGACCGUGGAAUAUUUAGUAGCAGGGAAAUUUCACGGAUGGACUUAUUGCACAGGUGGCAAAUUAUCGCGGUACUACACUUGAAUUCACUGAGCUCCUGAGAGCGACCCAUUCUUUCACAAAUGUUUGCAGCAGCAGUCUGCAU